AUGAUGGUGGUGACGAGUUUAUGGCCGGAGAUGAGUAUAUCGAUGACAUGCAGCAUAUGUUGGAUGACGUAUGGGCAUGCACCUUUGUUGAUGUGCCCCAAGAAAACACUGCCAAAUACUCCACCAAUACCUGAAGAUUCCCCAGCAACUGCUUUUGACAAACUACUGGAUGAUGCUCGACGUCCUCUUUUCGACGGGUGUACAAAAUUCACAAAGUUGUCAUUCAUUGUCAAGUUAUUACACAUCAAAUCAAUCGGUGGAUGGUCAAUUAAGUCAUUUGACAUGCUCCUUGAUCUGUUGCAGUCAUCUUUUCCUGAUGCGCUCUUGCCACAAUCAUAUGAGGAAUCAAGGUCUUUGGAGCGCGGGUUGGGUUUCAAGCACGACAAAAUCCAUGCGUGCCCCAAUGACUGCAUCUUAUUAUGGAAGGAAAAUGCCACUCUCAAUGAAUGCCCUGUAUGUAAGGCUUCGAGGUGGAUGCCAAAUGCACACGGCUCAUGCGUUAUACCUCAAAAAGUGUUGCGCCAUUUUCCAUUGAAACCGAGAUUGCAGCGUCUUUUUAUGUCUACAAAGAUAGCAGGUGAUAUGAGAUGGCAUAAAGAGCAACGGGCGAUAGAAGAUACUAGUAUGAGACAUCCGGCUGACUCUGAGUGUUGGAAGAGAUUUGAUGAACAUCAUAGUUGGUUUGCUGCGGAUCCACGCAUUGUUAGGCUCGGUCUGGCCUGUGAUGGAUUCACUCCCUUCAACAACUUGGCUAAGCCCCAUAGCAUUUGGCCAUCACCAGGGAAUGAGAUCGAUGUGUACCUGCAGCCGUUGCUUGAUGAACUGCUUGAAUUGUGGGAAUAUGGGGUAUCAACAUAUGAUGCCGUAUCUAAGGAGACGUUUAUGUUGCAUGCUGCAUUGUUGUGGACAAUCAAUGACUUUCCUGCCUACGGGAAUAUUUCUGGUUGGUCAACAAAGGGAAAAUUAGCUUGUCCGUCUUGCAAUGCCGAGGGUGACUACAAUUGGUUGAAAUAUGGCCAAAAACAUUGUUAUAUGGGACAUCGACGCUUCUUACCGCUAGAUCACAUAUGGAGACGACGGAAAGGAUUGUUCAACGGUAAAGAAGAUCAUCGCAUGCCGCCAAGAGAUAUAGGAGGAUACGAUAUUCUGACUCAAUUACAGAUGAUUGGGGAUUUUCAGUUUGGCAAAUCUCGAAGGAAGAGAAAACGUACUGCUGAAGAGCUGAACUGGACAAAGUGUAGCAUAUUCUUCCAGUUACCUUAUUGGUCAACACUUCAACUUCGGCAUAAUUUAGAUGUUAUGCAUAUUGAGAAGAAUAUUAACGAAAACAUCUUAUUCACUUUAAUGAACACUCCAGGAAAAACUAAAGACAAUAUAAAUUCAAGGCGUGACUUGGAGAUAUUGGGUUAUAGAAAAGAAUUACAUUUGAGGCGUGAGGGUGAUCAUAAUUGUGUUUCUCUACGUGAUUGCAAAAUUGCCGGGUUAAAAAGCCACGAUUAUCAUGUUUUCCUUCAAAGACUACUCCCAAUUGUUGCUGGGGGGUUUCUAAGAAGUGACAUUACCUUGGCUUUGAUUGAACUGAGCACGUUCUUCAAAGAGUUGUGCGCUCAAACACUGGAUGUGAAUCGCCUAUCUCAGCUUCAAACUGAUAUCGUCACCAUUCUAUGCAAACUAGAGAUGAUAUUCCCUCCCUCAUUUUUCGAUGUCAUGGUCCACCUAGCUGUCCAUUUGCCUCGUGAGGCCAUACUUGGGGGUCCAGUACAAUAUAGAUGGAUGUACCCAUUUGAGAGAUACCUUGGAAAAUUCAAACGGUAUGUUAAGAAUAAAGCCCGACCAGAAGGUUCAAUAGCCGAGGCCUACAUUCACACUGAAUGCCUGACUUUUUGCUCUAUAUACCUAAAAGAUGUUGAGACGAAGUUCAAUCGAGCGGACCGCAAUGUUGAUGCUGACGAAGAAGAGACUAUAGAUGGAUUCAUAAUUUUCAAUCAGAAAAUCCAGGAACAUCGUACCCAGCAUCCACAUGAUGUGUCCGCUGAUCUGUAUGCGUUAGCUUGCGGGCCUAACCGUUGGGUUGCAUCAUAUGAUGCUUGCAUAAUAAAUGGAAAAAGGUUUCAUACGAGACAACUUGAACUUCAUCGGCGUACACAAAAUUCUGGGGUGUUGGUAACGGGGGACGAGGCCACAAAUAACGCUGACUUUUACGGUGUUAUUAAUAAUAUCGUAGAGUUACACUACAUGGAGUGGCGUCGGGUAUACCUAUUUGAAUGUGAUUGGUUUGAUGUUGGUGAUCAAAAACGAGGGGUGCGGGUGGAUGACCAUAUGAUUAGUGUCAACAUGAAUAGGACUUGGUAUAAGGGUGAACCAUUCGUGUUGGAGAGCCAGGCUGAUCAAUGUUUCUACAUAAGAGAUUUAAGAUCGAAAGGGAAUUGGGGUGUUGUGCAAACCUAUACAAAUAGGAAUGUAUAUAACAUUCCGUCAGUGUCACGGAAUCUGGAAGAUAUUAAUGAUGGGGAGCCAAGUACAAAUGAGGCCGAUCAAGAAAAUGAGUCUUCUGAUUACUAUGAACCAGUUCAGUGUGGUAAUGCAGAUCCAAUGUCAACUCCAUUGGAUAGGAAUGAUAUACCACCUAGCCAUAUUGAAGCACAAGAAGUCAUGGAUGUGCAUGGUCAAUGCAUAGAUUCAACAGGCUUUAUUAAUGAUGCCAUGAUUUCUUCUGGUUCCGGAGAUGCGUAUAGUGAGGGGGAAUAUUAA